GGGGCUGGGAGUCGGUGCCCGGGAGGCGACGCGAGGGGCUGGGCCUCGGGGACCGGCGGUGCGGGAGGGGGCGCGGCGGUGGGCCCGCAGACAUCGCAGCGGCAGCGGCGGGGCGGACGAACCCACGACGGGCUCCCCCGCGCCCCCACCCCCCAGCGACUGCAGAGAAUGAACACCUUGGGCUGCCGAGCGCAGCGGGGGAAGAAACCCCGAUGAUCUUGUGUUGAGCUCGAGCCGAGACCAUGUCGGUGGCCUUCGCGUCCGCCCGGCCGAGAGGCAAAGGGGAGGUCACGCAGCAAACUAUCCAGAAGGCAGAGAAUGGUGCCCCUGGGUCCGCCCGCUGGCCGUCCUGUGUGCUCACCGGACAUGGCAACUGCCAGUACCUGCCACACAGCCCUCUCCUCCUACCCUCCCAUUAGGCCAUCCUCCCUCUCCGGCUCCUUCCAUCACCUCCUCCUGGUUCUCCCAGCUGCUGUCCCCAGUGGCGUCCUGAAGAGGUGGCUCUUAUGCUGGAUGAGAACCACCACCUGAUACAGUGCAUCCUGGACCAUCAGAGCAAGGGCAAGACGGCCGAGUGUGCCCAGUACCAGCAGAUCUUGCACCGGAACCUGGUCUACCUGGCCACGAUCGCGGACUCCAACCAGAACAUGCAGUCCCUGCUGCCCGCCCCGCCCACCCAGAACAUGAACCUGGGCCCCGGAGCGCUGUCCCAGAGCGGCGCCAGCCAGGGCCUGCACUCCCAGGGCAGCCUCAGUGAUGCCAUCAGCACUGGCCUGCCCCCCGCCUCCCUCAUGCAGGGCCAGAUCGGCAAUGGUCCAAACCACGUGACCCUGCAGCAGACAGCACAGAGCACGCUGCCCACAACCUCCAUGAGCAUGUCCGGCAGCGGCCACGGCUCAGGGCCCGGCUACAGCCACUCAGGACCCUCCUCGCAGAGCGUGCCCCUGCAGGGCCAAGGUGCCAUCAGCAACUACGUGUCCCGGGCCAACAUCAACAUGCAGUCCAACCCAGUGUCCAUGAUGCAUCAGCAGGCUGCCUCGUCCCACUACAACUCGGCGCAGGGCGGGAGCCAGCACUACCAGGGCCAGCCCAUCGCCAUGAUGGGCCAGAGCGGGCAGGGGAGCAGCAUGAUGGGGCAGCGGCCCAUGGCGCCUUACCGGCCCUCCCAGCAAGGCUCGUCCCAGCAGUACCUGGGCCAGGAGGAGUACUAUGGGGGUGAGCAGUACGGCCACGGCCAGGCGGCCUCGGAGCCGCUCAGCCAGCAGUACUACGCUGACGGGCACAGCGAUUAUGCCUAUCAGCAGUCAUCCUACUCGGAGCAGAGCUAUGACCGGUCCUUCGAGGAGUCCACGCAGCACUACUAUGAGGGCGGGAACUCGCAGUACAGCCAGCAGCAGGCGGGGUACCAGCAGGGCACAGCCCAGCAGCAGGCGGGGUACCAGCAGCAGUACCCCAACCAGCAGAGCUACCCGGGCCAGCAGCCAGGCUACGGGCCGGCCCAGGGAGCCCCCUCACAGUAUUCCAGCUACCAGCAAGGACAAGGCCAACAGUACGGGAGCUACAGGACGUCACAGACCGGCCCGUCCGCGCAGCAGCAGCGGCCGUACGGCUACGAGCAGGCAAGCUUUCUGGAUGUUUCCCCACACGGCCAGUAUGGAAAUUACCAGCAGUAAGGGACAGCGUUCUUGGUGGAGCCUUGUAGUGGUGUGUCCGCCGGCGUGGACCGACCUGUGGCGGUUCCCCCUCGCCCCACACGUGUCGCAUGUGAAGUGUGCACAUUUCAUGCUGGGUAUGACGCCGAGUGUGCCGGAGGCUUGGGACUGCGCGCUGAUGGUGUGACGUACCUGGUGCUGUGUAUAGUAUCAUGUCCACAUGGUGAAUGGAGACGUCGAUGUUUCUAGCUAGCUUUAGGGUCCUCUUGCCAUCAGAGUAUUCUGUGCCCAGCGGUGGGAAUCUACAAGAUGCCAUAGUCAGUGUAUCGUAUAAACGGACCUUAGGUCCAGCUCUCCUCACGCAGGGUAAGGUGGGUUGUAAACCUGUCUCACUGGUGACCCCGCAGCUGGACCUGUUCACGCAGCCCUGGGUGCAGCCUCUUCCCGGGCCUCAGUGGCGCGGGGCUUUGUCUGUGUUUUGGGUCUGUUUCUGUUAAAGGCUACAUAUGUUUCAUGUGGAGAGGCUGAGAACUGCCCAGGACGUCCCGGAUCUCAUUACCUGCGUCUCUCGCUGAUUCCAUCUAUCCAAAAAGUUACAUGCUCUCCUUUUAAAAAGUAAAGGAGAUCAAUGACUGUUGCAGAUAUGAGUCCACGAAGGCAGCCACCUUUAGCCCAACCCCAGGAGGCAGCGCCAAUGCGCAGAGAGGAGGUGCUCUGACCAGGCGUGGGCUCCGGCCCAUGUUUACCUGAUGGUCAUUUUUGGGGUUUGAAUAGUAAAUGUGCCCCAUUCUAAAUUUAUAGCUUAAAAUAGUGACACCAAACUUUCCACACAGUUGGCAAGUUGUUCGUUUUAUGUUAUUUAUUCCACGACCUGCUUGUUCGGAUCUCCAAGCAAGCGUUGCUUUUCUUUUAGGGCCGUGGUUCUCCACCUUCCGGCCCUUUAAAUACAGCUCCUCAUGUUGUGACCCAACCAUAACAUUAUUUCGUUGCUACUUCAUAACUGUAAUGUUGCUACUGUGAUGAAUCAUAAUGUAAAUAUCUGAUAUGCAGGAUGGUCUUAGGCGACCCCUGUGAAAGCGUCGUUCGACCGCCAAAGGGGUCACGACCCACAGGUUGAGAACCGCUGUUUUAGGGACAUCUAAAAUUUACAACUAAAUUUUAAAAAGACUGAGGGUAUUGUGGUGUUCCUAGUGAAAAGGAAAGUUUUUACUUAGAGAAAUGUGAAUAAUUUUUACAUUCCCAGGAUGUUAAAUCCUAUUUAAAUUCUGGGCAAACACUAUAGACAGCUCACUUGGAAAAGUCUGGUCAGAGGAAAAAUCCUACAUUUCACUAAGUAAUACUGACAUGUUAUCAAUAUUUACUUGGGUAAUAUCUACUUUUACUGUGAAUCCUUUAAAAACAUCUUUGGAUGAAUGCUGACAUUUGCAAGAACAACCAAGAAAAUACAAAAAAUAUCCAAUUCUUGAUACAUCAGAUAUACUAAGAUAGAAGCGUUUAUUUUAUAGGUAUACUGGUAUUGGCUUUAAAAAACCCUAAACACUGGUAAGGGCUUAAAAAUAUAUAUCUAUAGUCAAUGACUGAGAUGAGAGCUCUUAUUUGCUAAAUGACAGACAUUAGCAAUGUCAUCUCCCUUGAUUUGUUUUGUUCUUUCCUGACAGUUGUCAUAGAUCUAAUUUGUAGACUCAAUCAGGAACUAAAAUUUCCCAUUGAAAAUGUUAAACAUUUUAGAUAACCGUGAAACUAGGUUAUUUUUAUUUCUUGCCAUCCUGGGAAUAUUCCUUUUGUGUGUGUAGGGUUGGCUUUUUUUAAUGAACACUUUUUUUUUUUAAAGAAAAGGACACUUGAAAGUUAUCCUGAAACUUCAAUCUGAAAUGUCUUACAUUAAGAAUUUCUUGAAUGUUGUGUAUAUAUUUUAAGAAGCACUUUGUGAAAUAGUUUGUACAUUUAUUUCCUUAUUUAUACAUGAUUUUUGGUGUUAAUAUAUUUAAGGAGUAAUAACAGAAUGUUUAUUUAAUGCAGGGGUGGGGAACGUCUGGCCCGAGGGCUGUAUAAAGUCCGAGAAAUCAUUCGGCCUGGCCCUGCCAAGGCAAUUAGGGGCGAGUUAAUUAAAUGUUUGACCAAAUAUAGCAGGCUAAUUUUUAAGUUGAUAAUUUUGCAUGGCCUGUGGAUGAUGUUAUAAAUACCCAAAUGGCCAUUGGCAGGAAAACGGUUCCCAAACGAUUUAAUGUGUUGUCCGUGUUUAUGUGACAUUGUAGGGAAAAAGUGAUGCCAGCAAUUCGUUGUCGUUAGCUGUGUAAUACUUUCUCUUCUGUGAUAUGAAUGUCUGCAAAAGCUUAGGCUAAGAUGAACCGUUUGUGCAGUGUGAUGGGUGGCGCUGUUUUUAUGACCACUUCUACAGGUCAGUGAGAUGCAGCCGAAGACUUGGAAAUGGGUGCUCAUCCUGCCUCCUGUUGUCCCUGACACCCAGCAGUCUCAAACUUGGAAAGUGAUCACAAUUUUCAGAAGUGCCAACAAAUUGAUGUUGGUGUGCAAAAGCUCAGCGCCCACUGGGGUUUGUUCUGGAACCACAGGUGUGGAAAGUACUUAGAACUCGUGCGGAGGAUCAGGGAAUCACGGCAGGGUGUGCAUGGUCGCCAGGACCUCCGGGGAAGCCUAAGGGGCCUGAGUUUGCCAGCAUAUACUAGUAUGUAUUUGAAUAUUGGGCACCCACUCAGAAUUGCACAAAUGGAAGACCAUUUUCAUUUACAUUUAAACAUUUUUAGCCAUUACUUCAUUUCUAAUUGAACAGGUCAAACUCAUCUGUGAGCACAGGACUUUUAUUUUGGAGAUCAUCUUCAUUGUGUUUUUUUUCCAGCCGGUGGAGUUUGGCGUAUAAAUUGUUUAUGCUUUUGAUGUAAUUAAUAAACUGGCUCUUCAAAAGUCA